UGUACCUAUCUUAUUGCCAAUCUCACUCGUCACGACAUUAUCCACUUCCUAAUUAUGGCUCCUACUAUCCUGAUUGUCGGUGCAACUAGCAACACUGGCCGAAGCGUUGUUGAAACCCUAUCACAGUUGCUAAAAACUAACUAGCAACACUUUUUCCGACUACCGGGUCCUCGCUUUCACGCGUUCCUUGAACAGUCCAGCAGCGCAACAGCUUGCCAAACUGUCCGGUGUCGAGGUAGCAGAGCAGAAUUGGGUGGAAGUCACUGCCGAUUGGCUCCGUGAACACGAGGUAGUCAGAGCAUUCAUUGCACCACACAUCCGGCCUAAUCAAUUCACCGAAGAAUCGACCUUCCACAUUGCCGCCCUCAAUGCGGGUGUUAAGUAUGUCGUGCGAAUCUUGACGGGAGCUGCGAACGUUCGCCCGAAUUGCCCCGCCUACUAUCCUCGUACGCAUUGGGCAAUCGAGGCCAUGCUGAGCGCGCCAGAAUUCAAGGGCUUGCAGUGGACUUCACUGCAGCCCAAUAGCUUUUCCAAUUUCUACCUUUCCGCCGCUGCGGGAUGGAUCAAGCAGUACCGCAAGACAGGAAAGCAGGAUACGCUUAGGUUAAUGGCGUCACCAGCUGCGCCUGUCGGCAUUAUCGACCCCGAGGACGUUGGCGUCGUUGCGGCUCACCUCUUAUCUGAAGAGGACCCUACUGUGCACAACAACGCUAAAUAUGUUCUGAAUGGGCCGGAGGACAUUAGUGGAAUCCAGAUUGUGAAGAUGAUUGAGCAGCACAUCGGCGCACAAGUUGAGAGUGUCAGCUAUCAGGACAUGUCGCUCGUCGACCACAUGGCCGCGACAACUCAGGAAUCAAAGAAUGUUAUCUUGUCCAUGAAACACGCUCUAGAGACAACAUGGGAGGGAAAGGGCACGGCUUCUACAACCAGCAAGGAAAUACUCGAGCUCGCUGCACCAAAGCGUACGCCUGCUGAUGUGUUGAAGAGGCUACUGGAGGAGUAGGGAAAUGAUAUAUUGGUCUUAGUUGGACCUGUAUUGAAUCAUUUGCAUAUGCCCCCCCAUUACAGUUUUCACAACGAGGAGACUAUAACAACGUGAUGGUCGAGAACUCUGCCCUAGCCAUGGGGUGUCCCUAGUAUGGAUAGUGGGCCUGA